AUGAUCCCAUGUACUACUGAAUAUAUUCCUUGGCUUCGAGAUAGACCAUUCUUUAGAGAAGACAGCGCGGGGGCGGGGCGGUGGGGGUUGUGGCUGGUGGUGCUGUCCAGUGCUCCUGCCCCUCUACCCCAUGGCUGCCUGCUAGCUCACAGCCUUGUUCCUGCCUCGUCUGCCGGGUCACCAGGUUCAGUACUGCUGGUGUUGAUGUGGACAUCACUGGGACAGUCCCUCCCACUGUUUCUGCUCAUCCCUGGCCCAGCUAUCCUGGACCAGGUUUCCAGCCCCUCUUCCUUCCAGUGCCAGCCUCUUGUUUUGACAGAAGUUUUCUUUGAUGAGAAGAUAAGAGAGAAAAUCAAGAAAUACAGGUGCCAUUCUCUAAGAUUUUGUCAUAACAACAAAAAGGCUCAGUAUUACCUUCUUCAUGGUUUGCAAUGUGUGUUAGCAAUGGAUCAAGCUCAGCUGACCUCCGAGAUUCCAUUUAUCUUGAAGGAAAUGUAUGAUGCCGACCUUCAAGAAGAGGUCAUUAUCAGCUGGUCAGAAAAAGCCUUCAAGAAAUUUGUCUCAAAAGAACUUGCUGAAGAGGUGCCUGUCAAAGCAGAGCCAUUUAUUAAAUGGUUGAAAGAAGCAGAGGAAGAAUCUUCUGGUGGUGAGAAAGAAGGUGAAGAUGAAAAUACUGAGGUGUUAUAUUCAAAAAAUGCCACUGCACCAAAAUUUGAAACUGUGAAGUCUGACAACCAAUAUGAUGACAUUGAUAUUGACGAAAUUUAA